UACCAAAUGAUGUUCUAACAUCCAAUCUAAAACAAUACCUUCUCUCCCUCCCUGCGAAUCUUUCUCCCUCCCCAAUCUCUCUCUCUGUCUCUCUCCCCCUCUCUCUCAGGGCUCGAUCUGCAGCAAACGUCGUCGUUUCGUGUCUCUCAUCCUCUUCUCUCGGCUCCGUCUUCCUCUCCUAGGGCAUGCUCCGCCGUCGCUCUGCCGCGCAAUUCCUCCUACCCCGGCGCAUUCUCCUCGAUUGCCAAUACGACGGCGCUUCCUGCUCCUUCCCAGCUCCUAUCGUGUAAAUUUCUUAGGGUUUUAGCUUCUCCUUCCCUAGGAUAGCUACUUCUAGGGUUUUGUUUUGGUGGUUUUCCGGAGUUGUCGACAGUUUUUGGCUGGGAUGAGUAGCGCGUUCAGUGAACAGAUCCUGACUGAUAAGCUCGCCAAGCUCAACAGCACUCAGCAAUCAAUCGAAACUUUGUCACAUUGGUGUAUAUUCCAUCGGAGCAAUGCGGAAUUGGUGGUGGCGACAUGGAAGAAACAGUUCCAAAGUAGAGAGAUGGCACAGAAAGUGCCUCUCUUGUACCUUGCCAACGACAUUCUUCAGAACAGCAAGCGUCAGGGCAACGAGUUCGUGUCCGAAUUCUGGAAGGUUCUUCCGGGUGCUCUCAAGGAUAUAGCUUCCAAGGGAGAUGAGCGCGGAAAAGGCGUUGUCUCGCGUUUGGUCGGUAUAUGGGAAGAAAGGAGAGUCUUUGGGUCCCGUUCAAAGAGCCUCAGAGAUGUAAUGCUUGCAGAUGAAGCGCCUCCAUCUCUUGAUGUCAGCAAAAAGCGACUGCGGGGAUCCAAAUCUGCAAAACGGGAUUCAAAAGUGUCUAGAGCAAAGUUGUCAAGCGGAGGUAUGGCCGAGAAGAUAGCAUCAGCAUAUCAUUUGGUCCUGAGUGAACACUCAAAUGAAGAUGGUGAGAUGAAGAAAUGUAAGUCUGCUAUUAAACAUAUCAGAAACAUGGAAAAGGAUGUUGAAGACGCUUGCUCCACGGCAAAAGAUCCGAGAAGAAAAGAAUUGGCCAAAGAACUAGAAGAGGAAGAGAACAUUUUGAAACAAUGUAUCGAGAAACUUCAAUCAGUUGAAGGAAGUCAGGUGGCGCUUGUAGACCGGUUGAGAAAAGCUCUACACGAACAGGAAUCUGAACUGGAGAACCUUCAAAGUCAAAUACGGGCAGCGCAAGAACAAGCAGAAGAAGCCCAGGACAUGCAGAAACGGCUCAACGAUGAGGAUUAUGUAUCCAAACCAAUAACCACUGCCUCAGUUGUUGACAAUACGACCACCACCACUAACACAACUGGUGAUCAAGCUCCUAAAGCCAUGGCCACCUCUCUUGCUGCGAUGGUAGCUGAUAAGCUAUCAUCAUGUGCCUCGUCACAUAUGAUUAUGCAGUCUGUUCUAUCUUCAUUGGCAGCUGAAGCUACGAAAACUGCCGGUCUGUCCAAACCAGAGAGCUCAGUUCCGGUUUCGGACACUAAUGCAUUUGGUCCUCCAAACCCUUCUUACAGCAACUCGACUAUGUUACCUCAGUCCACUGUCCAGACCCAGAACCAUAACCAGAACCAGACACCGACUUCUCAAGUUCAGUAUCAUGCUAUCCCCAAUCCGCCGACGCAACAAUUCCUUCAACCGCCAGGAAUUAGCCCUUAUAGUUUCGGCAACAUUCCAUUGAUGACGCCAGCACCACCUCCUCCGCCUCCACCUCAUCUGAUGGGUGGUCAGGUGGGCUCCGGUAAUCAGCCGCCGCCUCCACCUCCACCACCGCCGCUGCAAAUGCCCCAACCGGUGACUUUGCCGGCGAACCCACCUCAGAAAUCCCAACAGGGUCCCACUUUUCAGCCGCUGCAGCCACCGGGAAUGAUGUAUUAUGGACAGCCACACCAUUCUUAGAAAAGACCUAGAAAUAGUGGAAAAUCUUGUUGAUUAGUUAGCUAUAGCUAUAUAUAUAUAUAUAGCUAGCUAGUUAGUUAGUCAUGACAUCUCUUAUGUUCCGAAAUGUGCUUGUAUGGUUCAUGGAUUGGGUCGCAUCGGUUUCAUGAAUGGCUCAAAGCUGUAGAACGGUGGACCCCUUGGCCUACCCAAAAAUCUAUUUGUACCAAAGUUUUUGCAGACAUGGAAGAUGUAAUAAUGUCUUCCUGUGAA